GGGUACUCGCUGCGGAUUGCUUUUCUCUUGUCAACUGCUACUUUCUCCCAUCAUGCCCUCUUCGCCACCCCUUCGAAUUACAACAAUCGUUUGUUUUGUCGCACUUGCGAGUGCACAACGUCAAGGCUUCGAUGAUGAAGAUCGUCAAAGGAGUGUGAGCAGGACCAUAGCUGGGGUCAUAAUCGGCCUUGUAAUACUCUUAACCAUCCUCUCAUGUUGGCUGUACUCUGCCCGUCGACGACGACUAGCACAAUUUGCGAGGAAUCGGACACACCACCCCGGAGUGGCCGGCGGGUUUAGCAAUCCUUAUGACGUCAGCAACUUCGGAUGGACCGGACCUCCGCCAUCGGGGCCUCCUCCACCCGGGUACACACCCACACCUCAUCCAGGACACGACGGACCGUAUCUGCCUCCACCACGGUAUGGUGACAAACUUCCGGACGGAGAAUUCCGUUAUCCUCCGCCACCGGGCUCUCCUCCCACCGGUAGUCAACAAUACCCACCCCCUCCUGGACCUCCACCCCAAGCUCAUGUACUUCCUUGACCAGGAUCACUAAGUAAUCAUGGACAAUUGUAAAUAUCAAUACGAUGGCUCUGUACAGCACAGCGGCGGCAACCAGUUCUGACACAACCGCGUCUCCAUCUCCCUGGGAUGCUGAGCAUCGAGGGAGUGGCGCUCGCCGACUUGGCCGACUAGGUUACUUCAUUACCGGAAAAGAUUGGC